AUGGACUUCUCAGACGACAAGGAUCAUCAUCAUGACACGCAUGCUAUCCCGCCUCAAUUUAUACAGGAGCAGUAUUGGCACUACAACAAAAUCAAAAUCUCGGAUCUGGAACAGGACGAAAGUGUGGUGAAUUGGGUUAAAGGUUUGAGCGAAGAACAAGCAAAAGUUCUCAGACCGGUCAGCACGAUCUCGAAGUCUGCGAUUGAAAAGGCGUGCAUUGCUUUUCGAAAUGCUGCGUUGGGGACUGAAGGGGAUGAGACCCCACUCGAGACUGAGAUUGAGGAUGUGACUGUCUACGAGCAUACAGACUUUCCAGGCUUGCAAAUAGCGCCAGGCAUCCUACCGCCGGAGACGCAAGUCCUCUGGAUAUCGCAAAUUAUGCACAAGUACAUGGCCAACCCAAAACACAAAAUCAACCUACAAACAGAUUUCGACAUCGAGUACCCAACACCAGAAGAUGAAAAGUCGGAAGAGACUCCAUCUUUGUUCUCAUACGACCCUCAAUCUACACACGCAACACCAAAGGAUCCGGAAUCUCAAAAGUCACUCAACAUGGCACAAAUGCUAUCAAGGAAACUUCGCUGGUUGACUUUGGGUGAACAGUACCACUGGCCGACCCGCAGCUACCCUAGGAAUGGACCCACAACAUUCCCUUCAGAUCUAAGCACGCUGGUAAGCGGUCUCUUCCCACACAUCCGACCGGAAUCUGGCGUGUGCUUGUUGUACGGACAAAAAGAUUACAUGCCGGUCCACCGCGACGUCAGUGAGCUGUGCGAGCGUGGACUUGCUUCGUUCUCUUUUGGCUGCGACGGCAUCUUUGUGAUCGCAAGAGGCGAGACUGAGCUAGAGGAAGGAGAAGACAUAAAGAAGAGGACCGUAGCCAUCAGGGUCAGAAGUGGUGACUGUGUGCACAUGGAUGGAGAGACUAGGUGGGCGUGGCAUGCUAUGCCUCGCACGAUACCAAACUCCUGUCCGAAAUGGCUGGCCGAGUGGCCUGCAGUAAAAGGCGACGCGGCAAAGAGAGUCAGUGACAAAGAGCGCAAGGCUUAUCAACGAUGGAAAGGCUUUAUGGGAACGAAAAGGCUGAACGUCAGCGUCAGGCAAGUCUGGGAUUGA